AUGAAACCGGAAUCCCGGGAACAAAUCCUGGAUGGAUGUGUGUGCUUCACUGACUGGAGCCUGGAGAUGACGUGUCCGCCUCUGAGAGGGAUGGCGCCUUUCUUGGUGUUUUGGCUGGCCGUGUGCCUCGGUGGCACCGGGGCUGUGGACAGGGGAAACUUCAAGACCUGUGACCAGAGUGCCUUUUGCAAGCGUCAGCGUGCUUUGAAGCCUGGUGAGUCCCCAUAUCGAGCCUUGCUGGAGACCAUGGAGCUGACCAACACUAGACUCACCCUCCAGCUCAUCAAUGACAACAACAAGGUGCGUCUGCUGCUCGAGCUCUACCGUCUCCAGGGGAACAUAACCAGGGUGAAGAUUAAUGAGUUGAAGCCGCUGAAACCUCGCUAUGAGGUCCCAGAUGUGCUCGUCAGGGAGCCGCCCACUGAGCCCAUGUCGCUCUUGUCUCAAGACGAUAACGGGGUGGUGCUGUCUCUGGGGGUGGAGUCUCAGAGGGUCAUCGUCAGCGCCCGGCCCUUCCGACUGGACAUCAUGGAGGGACGCGAUGUGCUGAUGUCGCUGAACUCGCGCGGGCUCCUGGUCUUCGAGCACCUGAGGAUGCGCAAGGACACUCAGGCGGAGCCGGAGGCUGAGAACAAAGAGGAGGCCGAUCCAGCGGCCCAGGCCGAGACAACAAAAGAGGAAGAGAAAGUAGAAGAGGGGAUGUGGGAGGAAACAUUUAAAUCGCAUGCGGACAGCAAACCCAAUGGUCCGUCUGCCAUCAGUUUAGAUUUUUCAUUGCCAGGCGUGGAGCAUGUUUACGGCAUCCCAGAGCACGCAGACACCCUAAGACUUAAGACAACCGAAAAUGGAGAUCCAUAUCGGCUGUAUAAUCUGGAUGUCUUCCAGUAUGAAUUGUAUAACCCUAUGGCCUUGUAUGGGGCAGUUCCAGUUAUGCUGGCGCACAACUCCCAGCGAACUACAGGUAUCUUCUGGCUCAAUGCUGCAGAAACGUGGGUGGAUAUAAGCUCUAACACAGCUGGCAAGACUGUGUUUGGGAAAAUGCUGGAUUAUGUCCAGGGCUCCAGUGAGACGCCUCAGACGGAUGUCCGUUGGAUCUCUGAGAGUGGCAUCAUUGACGUCUUCAUUAUGCUGGGACCAACUCCCAAAGACGUCUUCUCCCAGUAUGCCUCUUUAACAGGCACCCAGUCGUUCCCUCCUCUUGCUGCCUUGGGCUACCACCAGUGCCGCUGGAACUACAACGACCAGGAGGACGUGCGCUCGGUGGAUGCAGGCUUCGACGAACACGACAUCCCCUACGACUUCAUCUGGCUCGACAUCGAGCACACAGAUGGAAAGCGCUACUUCACCUGGGACCCCCACAAGUUUGCAACACCAAAGGAAAUGCUGCAGGGCCUACAGGAGAAGAAGCGCAAGAUGGUUGCUAUUGUGGACCCUCACAUUAAAGUGGACACCAACUACAAGAUCCAUAACGAAAUCCGCACUCGGGAUUUCUAUAUCAAGAACAAAGACGGAGCCGACUAUGAGGGCUGGUGCUGGCCUGGCAGUGCCGGCUAUCCCGACUUCACCCGGGCCGACAUGAGGGCUUGGUGGGCCAGCAUGUUCGCCUACGAUCAGUAUGAGGGCUCCAUGGAGAACCUGUACACAUGGAAUGACAUGAAUGAGCCAUCCGUCUUCAAUGGGCCGGAGGUCACCAUGCACAAGGAUGCCGUUCACGGAGCGUGGGAGCACCGCGACGUGCACAAUUUGUACGGCUUCUAUGUGCAAAUGGCCACAGCAGAGGGACUGAUCCAGAGGUCAGGGGGAGUCGAGCGGCCGUUUGUCCUGACCAGGGCUUUCUUUGCUGGGUCACAGCGUUACGGCGCUGUGUGGACGGGAGAUAAUGCUGCUGAGUGGGAUCAUCUGAAGGUCUCCAUCCCCAUGUGCCUGAGUUUGGGACUGGUUGGAAUCUCCUUCUGUGGGGCGGACGUGGGUGGUUUCUUUAAGUCUCCAAGCACUGAGCUGUUGGUGCGCUGGUACCAGACGGGGGCCUACCAGCCCUUUUUCAGGGCCCACGCCCACCUCGACACGCCUCGCCGCGAGCCCUGGCUGUUCGGUCCGGAAAACACGGCUCUGAUCCGCGAAGCUGUGCGCCAGCGCUACACAUUCCUGCCCUACUGGUACCAGCAGUUCUACCACACCUUUCUGACUGGAGAGCCUGUCAUGAGACCUCUGUGGGUGGAGUAUCCUCAGGAUCCUGCUACUUUUGCUGUGGAUGACGAGUUUUUGAUCGGACAAGAUCUGCUGGUGCACCCGGUUACUGAGGAGGGAGCCCGGGGAGUCACUGCCUACCUGCCUGGAAAAGACGAGGUCUGGUUUGAUAUCCACACCUUCCAGAAGCACAACGGAGCCCAGAGCCUCUACAUCCCUGUCACCAUGAGCUCUAUCCCAGUGUUCCAACGUGGUGGCUCCAUCAUUCCUAGAAAGCUGCGGGUCCGCAGGUCGUCCACCUGCAUGGAGCACGACCCCUACACCCUCUACGUGGCUCUGAACACUCAGGGUGAGCUCUACAUUGACGAUGGUCACACCUUUAACUAUGAACGGAAGGAAUUCAUCCACAGGAGGCUGUCCUAUGCCAACAACGUCCUGUCCUCUGUUAACCUGGCUCCUGAUGCUCAGUUCACCGCCAAGUCCUGGAUUGAACGCGUGGUCAUAGUGGGGGCCAGUAAACCCAGCAAAGUUGUGCUGAAGACUGCAGCCCGGCAUGAACUCGGGGGCAGACUGGAGCGUGAGACUCGAGUAAGAACAGAGAUGGGAGAGGGGAAGGAGAGAACGACCGAAUGGGAAGAAAUGGACCUGGGAAGGAACCAUCACAAGGCCCUGAUGAAACAUUACAACACCCAACAUGAAGAUAAAGUCGCGGAUCCCACGCAGUUCUCUUCCAGCCACUCCCAAACCCACGGAUACCUGUCAGUCGACCUGAGCCACUUCUCUGACGUCUCCCUCUCGUAGGUUUCCAUCAUGGCGGCCGAGGGCUGUGAGGCGAUGAGCGGCAACGGGGAGCUGGGAGAGUCCUCAGAAGCCAUGGAUAUCUCCGAAAUCCCACCGCCACCGCCUCCACCUGAUAUAUCAGAGGAAAACGGCAGCACAGCUUUGGCCCCUGAGGCUCCUAAAGUUACAGAUUCUGCCUCCUUCGCUUUGCCACCUGGUCAAGAGGAUGAAGAGGGAGAGCUCCCCGCAGACUUUGAGCGUCUCUGGAAGGCCGCACAUGACAAUCCCCAAGAUUUCCCCAGCUGGACCGAUCUGCUGCAGUACUGUGAGCAAGAGAUUCACAUCACAGCAUCUCGCAGAGCACUAGAGGCCUUCCUUCGUCGCUACCCUCUCUGCUACGGAUACUGGAAGAAAUUUACUGACCUGGAGCGCCGCGCUACGCACAACGACAAAGCAGAGGAGGGUCUUCGGGCAAUCCCUCUGAGUGUAGAUCUGUGGAUCCAUUACAUCAACCUGCUGCUGGGCACACUGGACAUGAACCUGCCCGAGUCGCCUACGCGGAUCCGCAGCGUGUUUGAGGAAGCGAUUGCAGCAGCAGGCCUGGACUUCCACUCCGAUCGGCUUUGGGAUUUGUACGUGGAGUGGGAGAAGGAACAGGGGAACAUGAAGAAUGCCGCAGCCGUCCUGGACAGAGUCCUCAAAGUCCCCACCCAGCUCUACAACACUCACUAUGACAAGUUCAAAGAGCACCUGAACAAUCAUGCCCCGAAAGAGGUCCUUUGCUCAGAGGAGUACGAGGAGCUGAGGGCAUCGUGCCGCCAAAGCCAGAAGGCCGAGCGUGCAGAACAGGCCCAGGAGGAAGAGAAGGAGAGGCCACCGGGGGAGGAGGAGCCUGCAACACCCGAAGGCACAGACACGGAGGAACUGAUGCAGAAGAUUAGGGAGCAGGUGCUGCUUCGCAGGGACAAAGUCUACCAGGACAAUGAGGGAGAAGUCCGUAAGAGAUGGCACUUUGAAGAUGCUAUCAAGCGGCCAUAUUUCCACGUGAAGCCACUCGACCGCCUGCAGCUCCGGGCCUGGCACUCCUACCUGGACUGGGAGAUAGCGGAGCUGAACAGGGACGGCGGCGGCGACUCGGCGGCGGGUGAGCACGGUCGGGAGGCAGGCGCCGUCCGCCUGGUGUUCCGUGGCCUCGCCCGAAAUAACGGCUGUCGUUUCAACACUCCUCCCGUUCCAGCAGAUCCAAGCCAGACGGCUGCCGAUGGCUCCGAGGUCCCGCCUCAGGCUCGGGAAGCGUCAGAGGCCAGGCGGGUCGCCCGCGGCGACCACAGAGUGCGCAUCUUGUUUGAGCGCUGCCUGAUCGCCUGUGCUCUGUACGAGGAGUUCUGGAGCAGAUACAUUCAGUACCUGGAGCCCCAGAGCGUGGACCAAGCCAGGGCGGUUUACAAACGGGCCUGCCAGGUCCACCUGGCUUUCAAACCCAACAUCCACAUGCAGUGGGCCACCUUUGAGGAGCGGCACGGUGACCUAACCGAGGCUCGGCGCGUGUUGGAGGCCCUGGAGAAAAGCAUGCCCGGUUUGGCGGUGGUCCGUCUCCGCAGAGCCGCUCUGGAGAGGCGGGCCGGCCAGCUGGACCAAUCGGAGGCCUUGCUGAGGGAGGCGGUGGAGGAGUCCAAAGAGAAGCCGGCGCUGCACGCCUUCUACUCCAUCAAGCUGGCCCGCCUGCUGCUGAAAGUGGGCGGCAGCCCCAGCAGAGCGCGCAGCGUCUUAAAGGAAGCUCUGGAAAUCAGUCCGGAUAACGACAAACUGCACUUGAACCUGUUGGAGCUGGAGGCCUCGGGAGACCCCCGGGCCUCAGCGGAGGCCGUGCAGGAGUGCGUGACACGAGCCCUGGAAGCCCCCCUGGCCCCCCACGCCAAGAUCCUGCUCUCACAAAGAGGCCUGCAGUUCGCCGAGGAUUACAGCAACUCCAUCAAGAGCGUGCUGUCUGUGUACGAGGCGCACCAGAAGCUCCUGAGCGAGCUGGGCGGAACCAAGAGAGAAGCCGAGAACGGGGACGAGGAACCAGAAAAGCUGAGUAAAAGCGAGGACGGCUCCGCUGUUGCCGCGUCCACACAGGCCCCGCCCGCCAUGCCACACGUCCCCAUCACCACGCCGCCGCCCCCCGUGAUGGGCGCCGACAUGAGCAGCACGCAGUCGGGCUACGGAUCGUACGGCAGCUGGUACCAGCAACCCCAGUACGGCAACUACGGCUAUCAGAACACCUGGAACUACAACCAGUCCUACUACCCGCCCAGCUAGAGAGCACCAGCAGCUGUGGACAGAGCCAGCAGCUGGAUGGACUGAGGAACCAGGCCUGCAGGAAGCCCGGGACCCCCCCCCCCCCCCCCCCCCCCCCCGGGCCCCCCCCCCCCCCUGGGUUUGUGGGGGACGACGGGACCCCAUGCAACAUGUCAGACGUUUUUGUGUGAACUCCGAGGGGCCGGCAGGAUCAAGACAGCACGACAGUGAUGCCCAUUUUUAGACAAAUGUCUCUGCAUUUUAAUCUGGACUAUUUUUGUAACUGCUGGCUCCUUUGCUCCUGUUUUAAAGUCAUCCACUCUACCCAGUUUCACAGGUGGCAUAUAUGGCUGAGAUUUUGUACCAUUCCACUGAGCGGGCUGUUUUUUUUUCUAAUGUAUAUAAAAGUGUUUUAUAGUGUGUCAAAACAAAGGGCUUUUUGUCGGUUUUCUUGUGCAUCCAUGAUAAGGGACAUGAUUAGGUAACACCUAACACUAAGCAGGAGUGUUAGGUGUUACCUGCUUACCUUGUGAAACUUAUUUACUGGACAACAUAGGAGAAAUCUUUGCUUCUAUACACAUAACUUUAAUCAAACUAAACUUAAAAUGUAGUUAGAUUUUUUUUUAAAUGCACACGAUGGCAUUACAUAAUGAAAUCUAAACUCAGUCAUAAGCUUUAUAUUAAAGUGAAAUGGUGUAAAAUAUUAUCUUUUAUAAUCCACCAAAUUAAAUCCAAACAC